AUGCUCUCGGCAUUCCAAGCACAGCCGAUCUACGAGGUCAAAUCGCGCGACAAGGCCAAAGUCGAGUCGCUGCUGGCGUAUGGCGACCGCAUUCUGGCCGGUCUCAGCACCGGCGCGCUGCGGGUCUUCCUCGUGAACGAGUCCGCGAAUACCGAUACCACCAACGGCAACGGAGAUGCGCCGCCGAGUCCGGUCAAGACCAAGCUGGUCGAUGUGCUGCGCGAGGAGGAGAAGUUCAGCAAGAAACCCGUGCAGCAGCUGGCCAUCAUCAAAGAAGCCAACCUGCUGGUCAGUCUGAGCGACGCGUGCGUAUCGCUGCACGAUUUGCAGACGUACGAGCUCGUGGAGCGCCUGGAGCGCACCAAGGGAGCAGCAUGCUUCGCUGUCACGAGCAAUGUCGUGAAGGACCCAGAGACGAACGUUCCGGGCUUGGUGUCGAGACUCGCUGUUGGGGCCAAACGCAAGAUUCUGUGCUGGACGUGGCAGGACAUGGAGCAGGUCCCAGAUGUUGCUGAGAUCAGUCUGGAAGCGACCAUCAAGAGCUUGAUAUGGGCAGACGGCACACAUCUGGUCGCUGGCAUGGACCCAGGCUUCAGCACAAUUGACAUUUUGUCGCAAGAGGUCACGCCCAUCAGCAAACGCGUCGCCAAUUCAGCUACAGAUGCAAGCUCAGGUGAACUUGCAGGCGUUCGCUUCGGCGCGGUGAGCAGCAGCGGCAUGGGAUAUAUGGGCAUGGGGAGCUGGGUACCGAAGCCGAUGGCCACCAGCCUGUCUGGAGAUCAAGUGCUUCUGGCCAAGGACGUAAACACUCUGUUCGUCAACGUUGAUGGCAAGCCGCUCGAGAAGCGACAAGUGCCCUGGGCUCUUGCGCCAGAACAGAUCGGCUACAGCUAUCCAUAUCUUUUAGCACUUCAGCCGCCUGAUAAAGGUUCGCUGCAAAUACGCAAUCCCGACACGUUGUCCCUGCUGCAGACCAUCAGUGUUCCAGGCGCGACCAUCCUCCACGUUCCACAACCUUACAUUAGCUUGGCUCAUGCUGGCAAAGGUUUCCUGGUGGCCUCCGAUCGCACAAUCUGGCGAAUGAAUGCUCUCUCCUAUCCAACGCAGCUCACAGAGCUAGUCGAAAAGCAGCGCUUCGAUGAGGCGAUAAGCUUACUGAAACUUCUGGAAGACACAUUGAUCGAUGACAAGGCUGGUCGCAUACGCGAGAUCAUGACGUUGAAAGGAAUUGCGCUCUUCCAUCAACAAAAGUAUAGCACUGCGCUCGAUCUUUUCACAGAUGCACGUACGACGCCCGAACGCGUGAUAUCCUUGUAUCCUCGCAGCAUUGCAGGCGACCUCAGCUCAAUAACAGAGGAGUCCAGCGAGUCGGAACCUGCUGAGAAUGGUGAUUCCAAGGCAGAGGAGAGCAGUAAACCGAUCCCAGUCACUCCAGUCAAAGGCAUGUUUGGCAAGCUCACUGGGAGCCACAAGAAGACAGACUCAGACGCCGCUUCAGUGCGUUCGCCUGCUCGCAACGAUGCUGAUAAUAUGAGUGUCCGCACCAAGGCAGGCAGUACGGCAGACAAGCCACUGGAAGGCGAUGACCUGAAACGCGCAGCAAGGUGCCUCGUAGGGUUUCUGGCCGACACGAGACGACACGUACAGAAUGUCCUGAAUUAUGAUGGCACUCUGAAGGAAGACCCGCCGACUUUCGAUGCAGAGACUGGGAAGCCAGCUUUCGGCCAUUUGCUUACAGAUGAGAUUCUGGCGGCGCCAAGUAAAGAGGUCGACUGGUCGAGCGAGCUAUUGAAAGUUGCUCAGCUUGUCGAUACAACACUAUUUCGCGUAUACAUGCUCACGACACCAACACUCGCAGGCUCUCUGUUCCGCAUCGACAACUUCUGUGAUCCUGAAGUCGUUCAAUCGGCGCUUUACGAAGGCGACCGAUACAGCGAGCUCAUCGAUUUUCUGCAUGGGAAGAAGAUGCAUCGUCAAGCAUUGGAACUUCUGAGCAAGUUCGGAAAAGGUCAGGCAGAGGGUACGAUACCCGAAGCCAUGCGUGGCCCAGAACGCACUGCCGGCUAUCUCAAACAGCUACCACCUGAGCUAGUAGAUCUUAUCCUGGAAUACGCACGAUGGCCUCUUGAAGAAAAUCCAAACGUAGGAAUGGACAUCUUUAUCGCUGAUACCGAUAAUGCGGAGCGCCUACCACGCCAGAAGGUGCUGGAGUUCUUGGCCGAGAGCGAUAGGAAGCUGGAGACGCGGUACCUUGAGCACAUCAUACACGAGCUCAGCGACAAUGAUGGGGAAUUCCAUCAGCGGCUCAUCGAUCUUUACCUCGCCGAGCUUAAGCAGCCGGACAUCGCAGAAAGUGAUCGCGACGAAACAAAAUCGAAGCUCGAAUCCUUUCUGCUCAAGAGUUCGUCCUACAGUAAACGUAAGACGUUUCAGCAACUUCCGACUGACGACUCUACUUUCUUCGAAUCGCGAGCCAUCGUUCUCAGCGCCAUGGGAAACCAUAAGCAAGCAUUAUCGAUUUAUGUGUUUCAAAUCAAAGAUUUCUCCAAAGCAGAAGAGUAUUGCAACAAAGUAUACCUCGAAGAUAAAGCUGAGCAAGAAGCUUGCCUACUGGACAAUAGCACGAAACAUGAGAAGCACUUUCGCCAAGUGGAACCAAAAGAAACAGAUGACAGAUCCAAUAUCUUCGCAGUCCUGCUCGGGCUCUACUUGCGGCCCCCAGCGGGUGAAGAGAAGCAGUGGCCGCAAGCUCUUGAUCUCUUGAGCAAGCACGGUGCUCGCCUUCCUGCUAGUAGCACGCUCGAUCUCAUGCCGGAUGACCUUGCAGUCAAGGAGCUCCAAGACUAUUUCCGAGGUCGAAUUAGAAAUGCAACUUCGAUUUUGCGAGAAGAGAUGAUUGUUCGUGGGCUCGAGGGCGUGAGACGAGCAAAUACGGAGAGGACGCUCUUGCUCGGGCCUGAUAACCUCGCACAUGAGAAGCCUCUGGGGAAGAAUAGGAGAGUGAGGAUCGGAGAAGACGAUCACUGCAAAGUGUGUCACAAGAGAUUUGGUGCCAGUGCUGUGAGAGUCUAUCCCGAUAACGAGGUGAUUCAUUACGGUUGUAUAGGAAGAAGUGGCAACCGUAGAAUGGGUGGAGGCGAUGGAAUCGGCAGUAGCAUGAGAAGGAAUGCAGCUGGUUGGGGAUGACUGUAGACUAAUAUGAUACCCAAAUUCACGCACUUUUGAGAGUGAGCACGAUUCAGUCUUCCAGG